AUGAUAAGUGAUUUCUUCUUUCCUCAACCAGGUAGUGGAAUCGAGAGUCACAUAUAUCAGCUCUCCACAAAAUUAAUUGACCGAGGACACAAAGUAAUCAUCAUCACCCAUGCAUACCAGGGUCGCACAGGCAUUCGAUAUCUCACCAAUGGCCUAAAAGUAUAUCAUGUUCCGUUUCUCGUCGUCCACCGGGAAGCGACCUUUCCGACCGUGUUCUCAUUCUUCCCAAUAUUUCGAAAUAUUGUCAUCAGAGAACAAAUAGAGAUUGUGCAUGGACAUGCAAGCUUAAGCAAUCUAUGUCACGAAGCCAUUUUGCACGCGCGGACUAUGGGCCUGCGUACAGUGUUCACCGACCACUCUCUCUUCGGCUUCGCAGAUGCAGCCAGCAUCUUGGCGAACAAAUUGCUCAAAUUCUCUUUGAGUGAUGUCGACCAUGUGAUUUGCGUCAGCCAUACAUGCAAAGAGAAUACUGUCCUCCGAGCUUCCUUAGACCCUUUGAUGGUCUCUGUCAUUCCGAAUGCAGUGGUAGCAGAGGAUUUUCGUCCAUUAGGAUACCCUGCAAACCCAGCUGAAAAUUCAGUAAAGACACGGGGUCCACUUCCGCCAGCUCAUCCGCUUGGACCUCACGAGACCAUCACGAUUGUGGUCAUUUCCCGUCUUUUUUACAACAAGGGCACGGAUUUACUAAUUGCUGCUAUUCCACGCAUUUUGGCUGCGCACCCAAAUGUACGCUUCAUCAUUGCCGGGUCGGGCCCCAAAGCCAUUGAUUUGGAGCAAAUGCUGGAACGGCACGUGCUACAGGAUCGAGUCGAGAUGCUCGGUCCAGUCCGUCACGAGGAGGUGCGAGAUGUCAUGGUCAAGGGCCACAUCUACCUUCAUCCUUCCUUGACAGAAGCGUUUGGUACGGUCAUUGUCGAAGCAGCGUCGUGUGGGCUGUACGUCGUUUGCACACGUGUUGGUGGAAUCCCAGAAGUGUUGCCACAACACAUGACUACGUUUGCCAAACCAGAAGAAGACGAUCUCGUUGCAGCUACUGGGCGCGCAAUUGCCGCGCUACGAUCAAACCGCGUCCGCACAGACCGUUUCCACGACCAAGUAAAAAUGAUGUACUCGUGGACCGAUGUUGCCGAGCGAACAGAACGAGUAUACAAGGGCAUAUCCGGCGCCCUCAGCGAAGAGGAAUUUUACGGCAGUCACCCGGGUGGCGGAUGGAGUGCAACUCGCGGGCGAGCUGGUGUGCAGGGUUUUUCUUUAAUUGACCGAUUGAAACGAUAUUAUGGGUGCGGAAUUUGGGCAGGCAAGCUCUUUUGCCUUUGUGUCAUUGUUGAUUAUCUUAUUCUUGUCUUCUUGGAGAUUUGGGCGCCGCGGAAGAGUAUCGAUCUGGCUCGGGAUUGGCCCAGGAAAAAGCCGAUUGAGAAUGGCAUCGUCGACGACCGAGAAGACGCGCGGUUCCCGGCAUCUGCACGGGUGGUUCGGCGUCGAAGCGGACGAGAUGGAUGGAGAGAUGGUCGCGUAGUUGAUCCCGGAUGA